AUGGAGGGAGAUGAAAGGGAAGAAGGGAACCCUCCAAGGGUUUCACGUUCAACCGCAAAAAGGGCGAGAAAGAUUUCUCUUGUUGAUAACGCAGAAGCUUCUGAGGUAGGAAUCUCAAAUGACUUCCUUCAAAAAGCAAAGAUAAUUCAAGAAAACCUCCGAAUAUACCUAACUAAAGCUGACAAAAGUAUUAAAAAUAAGGACCAAAACCACAUUAAUGGCAAAAUACAGUGGUUCAUUGACGCUAUUGAAUUGUUGGAGGAAAGGACAAAGCAGUACAAAGAUAAGAGUGAGGGUUUAUCUUUACUUGUCCAUAAAGCGGUUCAGGAAACACUUACCUCGCCUUCAGUACAUUCGAUGAUAACAAGCAUCGUAAUAGAGAAAACAGUGCCGAAGGUUAUAGAAUCUCUCUCAGGAACCACUAUGAAAUCUAAUGGUCCCCUCGCCAUCCCUGGAAAAACCAACGAAAAGUCAUCCGCGACUAACGUGACCCCGCCUGAGCCUUUACCAGCCGCAGUUCCUUUUACAGUCGUUAAGAGCAAAAGAAACAGGAAAAAGACUAAAAACGAUGUAGAACUGACACACGUGGCCGUGCACUACUCUGGAUUACUUCUUAUCAACACUCAGUCCUCUAUUGCUGGUCGUCACUACCAACAUGGUCGGUGUCUCCAGUCCUAA